GACAUUACUAAAUGUCGCAUACAUUAAAUCUCGUUUUUUACCUCGGCCAAAUUGGUUUGGUUACUAUGGAGAAAAAUGAAAACUGGAGAAGAAUCAUAAACUAUACAUUAUUAAUUACCAUUUAAAGCAGUUCAACAGGCAAAAAGUAUAAACAACAUGAGUAGUGUCAAUGAACGUUCAUUGCCGUUUGCUGAUGCUGCAACGAUAGUCAGAGCACAUCAAAAGGAUGCUUAUUUUGAAUCAUCAUACCGAACUCAAUUAAAUGAAAUCCUUCAAUUAUUCAAAGGUCAAAGAUUUGUCAACUCAUAUCCUGAAGAAAUCACCAUAGUGGCGAAAGCAUUGUACUUGGGUUUAACUACAUUAAUUGGGGCUCGUACUUUAGGUGAAGAAUAUGUUGAUUUGAUAUAUGUGAAUCGAUCAGGUAAGAAAAUACCCAAGUUGUUACCUCGAUUAGGAUUCAUUCUUUCAUAUGCUAUCUUGCCUUACCUUAUCUCCAAAAUAGUUAAAAAAUUCAAAUAUAAAGAGCAAGAUGAGAAAGAUACAAGUGUAUGGGUUAAAUUAAUGUCAUCAUAUUUUAAAGUUCUUGAUACAUUCUUAAACAUUCAUAUAGCUGUAUUUUAUUUCCUGGGUGAAUUUUAUUCAUUAUCAAAACGACUUUUUGGGUUAAGAUAUGCAUUUGGUCAUAAUAAAGAUAUAAAUAGUGUGAAAGCCACUGGGAAUUAUUCUCUUUUGGGUGGGGUUAUAAUCCUUCAAUUCAUCAUAAAGGGAUUGAUUAAGUUAAAGGCAUAUAAUGAUGAACAAAGUAAAGAAGAUAGAUUAGAUAAAGAACAAGUUGAUAAAGAUUGGAAGAGAAUAUCUGAUAUAGAUGAAUUAAAAGAUAUUUCAGAAGAUAGCGAAAAUAAUUUUGAUAUUGAUUUAUCAGAUCCAAAGCAAUUACCUUAUUUACCAGAAUCUUCUCGAACUUGUAUGUUAUGUUUAUCUCCUAUGGUUAAUCCAUCAGCUGCUAAUUGUGGUCAUUUAUUCUGUUGGGAUUGUAUACUUGAUUGGCUUAAAGAUCAUCCUGAAUGCCCAUUAUGUAGACAACAAUGUUUACAACAACAUUUAUUACCUCUUAAAUAGGCAAAAUCACUUCUUACGUUAUCAUGAUCAACCUACAUGUCUCUUAUGUCUAGUUAAUAUAAGUAUUUAGUAGUUUUAAUUUAGUAUGAACUCUUUAACUUACGUGAAUGUUUUUAUGCAGGAAAUUUGCUUAGUAUAUUUUUGUUGAAUAUCAAAUACGAUUUAUGAAGUAUGUAAGAUCUAUAACAGUAAUGUUCAUAAGAUAAUGGCAUUCAAAUUAAAAUGGCCAAUACUUGGUGUGAUAGUAAAUUCCAUGUAU